AUGCUUAAUUUAGGAAUAAGGGGCUCAAUUACAAUUACCGAUUCCGAUCAUAUUGAAGUUAGUAAUAUAAAUAGAUAAUUCUUAUUCAGAGAAAAACAUUUAAGAAAACCAAAAUCAUCAACAGCUGCUGCUGCUGCUAUUAUAUAAAUGAAUCCUUAUUUGAGAGAUCACAUUAUAGCAAGACUUGAUAAAAUUCAUGAUUCAACAGAACAUAUAUAUACAGAUUUAUUCUUUGAAGCAUAAGAUAUUAUAACUAAUGCACUUGAUAAUGUUCCUGCUAGAAGAUAUGUAGAUAAACGAUGUGUAAAUGCACCUAAGCUACUUUUAGAAUCUGGUACUCUUGGACCAAAAGGUCAUGUACAAUUUAUCAUUCCAUUUUAAACUGAAUAAUAUGGUAGUUCUAAUGAUCCUGUAAAAGAAGGUGAUAUUCCUAAUUGCACAUUAAAAAUGUUCCCAGAAGAAACUUUCCAUAGCGUUGUAUUUGCAAAGGAUAAAUUUGGUAAACAUUUUUGAGCAAGACCAAAAUAAUUUAUAAAAAUGAUGGCUGAAGAUUAUAUUCCCAGCUUAGAAGAUAAUAAACCUUUAAGAGAAGGAUCAAAUUAUUUAAGAAUAAACCAAACAGUUUUGAAGAUUGUAUUAAAUGGGCAAGAGGGAAAUUUUAGAAAUAUUUUGUUAAUGAUAUUAAUUAACUUAUGUAUACGUAUCUAGAAGAUGCUAAAACUAAAGAUGGUAAUCUUAUUUGGACUAUGCCUAAACGUCCCCCUAAACCUAUUUAAUUUGAUCUUGAAAAUGAAACUCAUUAAUAAUUUGUAUCAACCUUUGCUUUCUUAAGAGCCAAAAUGUUUGGUCUUGAAACUAAUAAAGAUUCGAGAACCAAAUCUUAUAGAUAAUAGGUAGCCAAAUAAGCUAAUUUAAUCACUUUUCCAGAAUGGUAGCCAAGUGAAGAAAAAAAGAAGGUAUAAAUUAAUAUUAUUAUUUUAUAGUCUAUUUCUGAUAAGGUUAAAGAAUAAGGAUAAAAAGAAGAAGCAGAAGAUAAUGAAUCUAAUCAAAAUUAAAGUACUUAAGAAGAAACAUAAUAAUUAUUUAAAUAAUUUAGAUCCUUAUUACCAAUUAAUUUAUAAUCAGAUGAAUUUGAAAAAGAUAAUGAUUAGAAUGGACAUAUAGAUUUUAUUCAUUCAUUUGGUAAUUUAAGAGCUGCAAAUUAUAAAUUGGAAACUAUGGAUUGGUUAACUGUAAAAAUCAAAGCUUGGACGAAUUGUUCCUGCUUUAGCUACUACUGCUGUAGUUGCUGGUUUAUAAACAAUAAAAUUAAUUAAGACAUUAAAAAAAUGUCUUAAUUUCAGAUAUGA